AAUGUUGUCACCACAACCAGUCAUAUUUCUCUCCUCCUCCUCCUCCUCCUCCUCCUCCUCCACCUCUUUCUCUUCCACUCCUCUCCUCCUUCCUCCAUCCCUCACUCCCUGCCUGCCUGUCAGAAGUCCCACACAUCCCUAGAGGAUAAGAUGCCAUGGAGGCCACAGGAAGAACGGCGCUGUUCGUCUGCUCUGUCCUGUUCAUCCUAACAGGGGUGAACUCCAGUUUCAUCCACAUCCCUUCAUUAGUCCACCAUGGGAUUGAAGGGACGCCUCUGCUCCUGUCUGUGGAGACUCGCUUUCCAUUAGACAAAGCAGACAUCCAGGGAACUUGGUCCUACACCAGACCGAGCGGCACCAGGACCACGUUGGUGACGUUUACCAAAGAUGCCACAAUCACUAACAUGAUGUUCCGCAACCACCUCGUCUUCAGAGGACCCAAUGUUUCUUUGCUAAUCCAAAAACUAGACCAGGACAGUGAAGGGGAUUAUCAUCUGAGUCUGAACAUAGAGUUUCAUAACAAGACAGGACUGGUCAUCAAGGAAGAGAGAACUGUUCAUGUGACAGUGGAUGUCCCUGUGUCCACUCCAGUCAUUCAGAAGAACCCGUCUCAUGCAGUUGUCGAGGACAAGGCAAACGUAACCUGGACUUGCUCCGUUGAGAGAGGAACAAGAGUUGUGUUCCAGUGGCUGAGGGACAACGUCCUGUUGGGUCCCAGUGACAGAUACCACUUCUCCCAAGACAACUCUACAUUCUUAAUCAGUCCUGUGAGGAAAGAGGACAAGGGAACAUAUCGCUGUGUGGCCAGCAACCCAGUCAGCCAGGGUCGACACAGCAUGGACGUAGACCUCAUUGUUUAUUAUGGCCCCUACAAUCUGGAGGUGAACUCAGGCCAGGGCCUGCGGACAGGGGAGGUGUUCACCAUCAACCCAGGGGAGCUGGCCUUCUUUGAAUGCCAGGCUGACUCCAACCCACCGAACAGCUACGUCUGGAUCUCCAAGAGCCGCAACUCAACCCAGGUCAUCACUGAGGGCCCACGGCUGGAGGUGCUUUCCUACAGAUUGGCCCAGGCUGAAGAGUACCUGUGUCGUGCUUUCAACAACGUGACACAGAAGCAGGAUGAGGCCCAGUUUACUCUGGUGGUGGCCAGCUUAGGAACAGGAAAAGAGAAGCAUACCCAGGAGGGUGGCUCUGUGUCUCCGCUGGCAGCCAUUACUGUUUGCUCUUUGUUCAUCAUUGGCUGUAUGCUGCUGUUCUUCCUCAGGAGAACCUGCCAUCCUAAGAGAGUGCUGAUGAGCAUUUACAACAGACCACUUUCAGAGCAGAAAAGACCUCAUCGUUCAGGUCACGAGGAUGCAACAGAAGACUUUGGCAUCUAUGAGUUUGUCUCCAUACCUGGGAAAAUGGAAUCGGCACAGGUUUCAUGCAGAUCUCUGGCCCGCCUAGAGUCACUGCAGGAUGUGCACACCACAAUCUAUGAUGUGAUCAGACAUGUUCCUGAAACCCCGAGUCAUAGUUUGCUGAAGUAACUUGAGAUGUAACUUGUAGUCAUUUCACUUGAAGACUCUUGUGUAGCUUUAUUUUCUUAAGUCUCUGUUAUCAAAGCCUGAAACACCGGUUUUGGUGGCCCACAUUUUUGCACAAGCGAUGAAGGAGACAAGUGAGAGUACACAACCUGAUCGUGCACUGUUAUUGUCCAGCGUAUAGGACAGAUUUUAAAUGUCCUUUGCUGACAUUAUCGUGAAAAUGAAAAUAUAUGUAUGAAUGGCUUAAUUUUUUAUGUGAAAGUAUAACUGGAGUUGAAACUGUUUUGCUUUUUCAUUCAAAAAUGAAGAUCAUAUAAAACCAAGCCAGUUAGUAGAAGCCAUCUUUACAUCAUUAUUUGGAAGAUCUGCCUACAAGGUAUCUAUACUUCCACACCAUGAUUACUAUUUAAAACAUGUUUAAUUUUAAAUACUAAAGUUUUAUUUAUCAAUUGAAUAAUAUCUUUCUAAUUUAACAUUUCACCCUAAAAAGAGUUGGUUUUGUGAGAAGACAAGUGUUAUAAUGAAUGGAUUUUAUUGUAUUGAAUAUAUUUAGGUUAAAUGUAUAUAUUGUAUAUGGACUUUGCUGCAGAUUCUUUAUACAUAUCAUUCUAUAUCUAUGUUUUGCUGAAAUCUAUUUAUUCCUAUAGAAUCUCUAAACCCUGUUUCCUCAAAUGUAGCAUUUGGUUUCUGCUCACCAUGGAUAUGAUGAAAUGCUGAAACAAGGAAAAUGAUUAAUAAUUCUUAAAUUAUUGUACAGUUUGCAUUAACAAUUGUUUUAUACUCUAUUAAAGAUAUAACUGUUUACUAUUCUGGUUCAUUUUUGAACAUGUGAUUGUUAUGUACAAACAGACAAAGGCAAUGUAUUUCAUUUUCUAUUUUCUACAAUUGUAUUUUUCUGUAAUUGUAUUUUUCUUUAUACACACGUACAUGUAAGUCUUUUUAACCAAAUUGUCACGUUAGCUGAAGACACCAAAGAUGUCAGUUGCUCUGCCACUUCACAGUCAGUCUUUGUCUGAUGUCAUGGCUGUGAUCUCUCUUCUCAUAAGUGUAUGAGUUGUGCUUGUUGUCUGGAAAUUGCUGCAGAGUGUUUGUGUCUCUCAGCCUGGCUUUACUGGUUGCUGUGUACCUGGCGAGAUAUGGAGACAGGCAGCAACAGAAGGAUGGUUCAGCAUGUGGCAGAGUGCCCUCCACCUGCUCCUGCUGACACCUUGUCACGAGUAGAUAAAAACGUGCGUGCUUGUUUGGCAAUGUGUGUUUAGUUUGUGUAUGGGAAAGAGAAAGGUAAAAGGAGGAGGAAAGCUAGAGAUAUAGAAAAGCAUGGAGAGAACCUGACAAAAAAAGAAAUUUUGUUAAGGAAAUAGAAGUCACAGUUUAUCUACAAUUUACAAAAUUUAUUAGAGACUGAAGCAAUUAGUUUUCUGGUUUUUUUUUUCACCUUGAGCAGAGUGUCACUUAAAGGCAGCAGUCUCCUUUCUGCUAUGAUUCAGCUUAUUACCAAAACACUGAAUUGUCCCCAUUAUGUCACUCACAUGCUGAAUGCUUCUAUUCAAAUUCAUGACAAAUGGCGUGGCACAAAACUUUAAACUGUAUUUGCAAG